CGAAGGAAUAUUUUUGUUUUGCUUCACACCACAAGGUUUUCAUUGGCGACGAUCACUAGUUUCUUUCGUAGUCUCUCAACGGUGCAUGCACCGGAGAACUGAGAGAAUCGGAGUGGCGACUCGACCACAAAGUCCGUUGAGAGGGACCGUAGCCGGAGACAGCAGUUCAUACCGGAGCUCGUUGUCAACCAUGCUGAUAGCUUUUCUAUUUCUUAGCGGUGCGGUGCAGGGCGCUUGGGCCGCUGCUCAGUGCAAUAUGAGAUCUGGUUCGACGUGCGCUUGUGAUAUGGCGGACGGCAGUGGCUUCAUUGAUCUCUCUUUGAUCAGUAACAACGGAGACAAUCCCAAGCCUUUUUUUCCGAACAUACCGCAGCCGUCGAGUAGGUGGUUCUACUCGUAUAAUCCCUGCAAAGGAUUUGACGAUGGCCAUUGUGUGAAAGACAAUGCGGUAUGUCAAAACCAUGGCGAUUCCUGCGGUCGUCAACCCAAUGCCAAGAUCGACACGACCGUCAACCCACCGACAAUAACGUACACGGGAGGAGAUGUAUUUUCGACAUUCGGCCCUCGGAAGUCCGUCGUAGCCCUUGUGUGUGAUCUGAGCACCGAUCAUGACAUGAAGUGGAGCAAAGAGGAUCCCAAGGGAACAUAUCAAUACACAUUAACGUCGAACUACGCCUGCGUCCAGAAACCAGCACCGCCAGCAACCACACAGGCGCCACCACCAGGGCCCACACAAGAACCACCCCCAGCCUGGACAACCAGUCAAAGACGCUCUCCCGAGCACAACAUCGUCAGUCUGGGAACUAUCUUAGACAUCAGUGUCAUAUUUCUUCUUUCCACGUACUUUGCGGUUGGGUUUGCGUUCAUGUACGUACAUCGCGGAGAGAGAGGUCGGCAGGCGCUUCCAAACUAUGCCUUCUGGGCAGCCUUGCCGGGUUUGAUCAAGGAGGGUACUCUUUUCAUUGUCUCCAAGGCAAGGCGAAGUAGGGAAGGCUAUGAACAGAUCUAGCCAGUGCCCAGUGACCGCCAUACUGUCCAUACCGUACUUCUUGCAGCACUGCAACUGUCUCCCUACAAUUGUCUCCCUCGUGGCGUAGCCUCCAUUACAAGCCGUGACGUAGAGACCUACAUUGCACUUGGCUGUAUCGUUGAGAUUUUUUUCAACUUGAUCCUUGGUUUUAUCAGACUUGUUUGCUUCUGUGAGAGCAGCCGUUGAGAAUUUAGUUACCGUAACGAUAACCGUACCGGCUGGAAAUAGCAAAUACCACCGAAAUGGCAUUCUGUUGACUUGGAAAGCUGGAAUUGACAAUUCUGCAGAUAAUUUUAAAAAUAACGGAAUGCUAUCUCAGAGCAGGUUCUCUUUGUGUGCAGUUACGCAGCAAUUUAGUUGUUGCUAAAGAUUAUGAAUUAUGAUACUCUGUAAUAACUACUUGUCCAUUGUUGAUCCAAUGGCCGCAAUACAAUUUUUCUAUCUCUCUAGUUCACUUGCCUCGCAAGCCUCACUAUUUUGCUAUUCUUCUGCAUCAUAUUUGCUUGAUACUUCAGCAGGAUCUAAUGGAGUAUGGCUUGAAUUGUCUCAGGAAUCAAGAAUUUUAGGUGCCGUCUCGGCGGAAGGA